ACCACGCAACUCUAGCAUGUAAUCGUUCGUCUCGCCGUCUAACAUUUGUGUCGAACUACAUUUUGUUUUGCCAUUCAAUAAAUCUAUUAUUUACCACUAAAUAAGCGGUGCUAGCGGGCCCGGAAACAGUGUCCGCGUUCUGGAGACUCGCCGCACAACGAAUCCGCAACGAUACGUCCAUGAAAAUCGAACGGCAACGGCAGCAGCAGCAGCAAAGGCAGCAGAGGCAACAACAGCAACAAAAUACACAAAAUAAAAGAAGCAGCAGACGGAAAAGUGUUUAAAUGGUGGCGAACUGAGAGGAGAGGCCACAGCACGCACAUAGGGACGCUCCAGGGAAAGAGGAACCGCCGGAGACGGAGACCAGCCAAAGAUGCUCUAGUGGGCGGCGGUUCAGCACGAUUUUCUCCCUCUCCGGAGGACCAGAGUUGCCAGAGGACGACGAGGAUGACGACUGCUCCUGGCGAACCAGGAAGCUAAAGAUAUAUAUUCCGCAUAUAUAUCAUCCAGGAAUCGGCUUGGACUGGGAAAUGCCCCUUGGGUAGUUCCACUGCAGAGAGAGGAGAGCCGAGGUACCCGCUUGAGAAGAGGCAGGAGAAGGAGGAGGAUCUGCAGCAGCCUUGUUUAGCAUUUAAUCCGGAACCGGUCUUUUGUGCCUGCUCCUUGUUAACCACACUCUCUUGUUUACGUUUACGCUUGUUUGUUGAACUCCACAAAUCGUCCUUCCAUUAAUUGUUAGUCACGCAUCCCUCUCGUUGAGCACACUAAUCAAAAUGCUAGCACCAUCCUCGUCGAUAUCGAAAUUGAAACUGAGUUCUAAGUUGAAUUUGCAAUUGAAAUCGAAGCGUCCAGCCGUUAAAGCUACAAUCAAAUUACUCCCGUCCAAACCCACCUCGUCGUCGUCACCGCCAUCGAAGAUUGGAGCCAGGGCCGCCAGGACCAGCCGGAUUUCUCGCCAGGAUCAGUCCUCGUCUGCCAUCCCAAUUGAGUGAAGCCAAGGAUACACGAAUCUAAGGGUACUGCAGGUACUACAUCAACUGUAAUAUAAGAUACAUUAAUAGGAUUUAAUGCGAAUAAGAAAAACUAAGUGAAACCCAGAGUUGAACAUUUCUACAAAUCGGACGUCAAAAGAUUCAACCGUCUCGCAUAACGUUGAAUUCAUAUAUUCUCAAAAGUUGGCCAUUUCUCACUUGCGUUUAAUCGGAACUACCGAAACCGUUUGGAAUACUAUUAUCUUCCCUUGAUUUUCAUGUUGAAUUUUUUAUGCAAAUUACAUAUGCCUUGUCUAAUUGCCUUCCAAAUUCGCAAACGAGCGCAUCUUCCAUGUCCCAGAUAUUUGUAAAAUACGGGCGUUUGUGAUUUGAAACCGAGAGAACACGUUCGUUAAUCGUAACUGGUAACUUUAGCGUAGGAAUAGUAAAUAUCUAGCAGCGAUCGCUCGUCCUGGGAAGCCAAUUUAGAGUGGCAUGAGUGGCCAUCCAUCGGGACUCCGGAAACAUGAUGAUAAUGAGUGUAGUGGGCCACGACCACCAGUACCCGGAGAAGAGAGCCGUGUUAAAAAGAUGACCGAAGGGGUAGCAGAGACCUCGAAGAAUUCACCGCCAUCCUACCUGAACUGGGCCCGGACGCUGAACCACCUGCUGGAGGACCGCGAUGGGGUCGAGCUCUUCAAGAAGUACGUCGAGGAGGAGGCGCCCGCCUACAACGACCACCUCAACUUCUACUUCGCCUGCGAGGGCCUCAAGCAGCAGACGGAUCCGGAGAAGAUCAAGCAGAUAAUCGGAGCCAUCUACAGAUUCCUGCGCAAGAGUCAGCUGUCCAUCUCCGAUGACCUGCGCGCCCAGAUCAAGGCCAUCAAGACGAAUCCCGAGCUGCCGCUCAGCCCGCACAUCUUCGAUCCCAUGCAGCGCCAUGUGGAGGUCACCAUCCGCGACAACAUCUACCCCACGUUCCUCUGCUCGGAGAUGUACAUCCUGUACAUCCAGCAGAUGUCCGCCCAACAGGAGCGCUGCAGCAGCAGCGGCGCCACGGGAUCGGGCAGUGCCGGGAGCAGUGGCAGCGGUGGCAGCAGUCUCGUGGGCGCUUGCGCCCUUCCGCCAGCCACUGCCACCGCCGCCGCCAUGAGCACCAAGCAGCAGCAGCAGCUGCAGCACCUGGUGCCGCCCGGUGCCUUCAUCAACCUGCCGGUGAGCAGCGUGAGCGGGCCGCCAGCUGGCACAUGCAGUGCCAGCGGCAGUGUGUACGGUCCCUCGACGUCGGCCAGCUCCAGCGGCUCCAUCAGCGCCACCGACACACUGCCCCGCAGCUCCACGCUGCCCACGCUGCACGAGGACUCGGUGCUGUCGCUCUGCGACGACUUCGAGAAGGUGCAGAUGCAGGAGGGCGGCGGGUCCCUGGGCUCCGGCUCCGUGGGCGCAGGUGCGCGGGCGCCCGACUACCCGAUCCGACUGACGCGGGACCUACUAAUUGCAACUCAGAAAAGAAGACUGGAAAUCCGACCUCCCGGUGCCCACGGUUAUGUGUACAAUCCAAGCACCACCAACACCUCCUAUGUGCCGAAUUCGCGGGUGGACUCGGAGCGGGCCAGCGUUAGCUCCGGCGGACGCACUGACUCCGACACCAUGUCGAUCUCCAGCUGUUCCAUGGACGGUCGCCCGUACAUACAACGCAGACACAGCUCCACGGAGAGCAAGGCGAUUCGCCAGAGCGCGAUGGCGAACAAGGAGACCAACACCUUUCAGGUGAUACCUCGCACACAACGACUACAUUCGAACGAGCACAGGCCACUGAAGGAGGACGAACUGGUGGCCUUGCUGAUACCCAAGCUGGAGGAAGUGAAGCGAAAGCGAGACCUGGAGGAAAGAGCCCGCGAGAGAAAUCCCGGAGCUGCUCUGCUAAGCAACGAGAGAUCCAGUGCCAGCGAUCGAGCCUUCGCCGAGGCGAUACGGGAGAAGUUCGCACUGGACGAGGACAACGACCAAGACAUUCUGGACCAGCAUGUGUCGCGGGUGUGGAAGGACCAGACGCCACACCGCUCGCCGGGAACGAUGUCGCCCUGCCCGCCCAUCCCGUCGCGCCGACGCACGGCCACCCACGAUUCCGGGAUGGUCAGCGAUGGCGCCAUGAGUCUGAGCGGGCACUCCAUGAAGCACUCGAAGUCCAUGCCGGAUCACAGUUCCUGCUCGCGGAAGCUGACAAACAAAUGGCCUUCCAUGAACACAGACAGUGGCAUCAGCAUGUUCUCGGCCGACACUGUUACCAAGUACAAAGAUGCGAGCUCUCGAUCUGGCUCUAGCACGGCCUCGAAACUGGAGGAGGCGAAACGAAGACUGGAAGACGAGCCGCGGCGCUCUCGUCGAUACGCCCAACCGCCGAUGCAGCACCAGCCACUGGCCUCCUUCAGCAGCAGCAGCAGCGGCGGCAGCAUCAGCCUGCCCCACCAGCACCAGCUGCAGCUCCAGAGCACGGCGGCGCCACCGCCUCUGCCGGCCAAGCCGCCGGAGACGAUCGUGGUGUUCUCGUUCUGCGAGGAGCCGGUGCCGUACAGAAUAAAGAUACCCGGUACUCAGCCAACCCUGCGUCAGUUCAAGGACUAUCUGCCCAGAAGAGGACACUUUAGAUUCUUCUUCAAGACGCACUGCGAGGACCCGGACAGUCCAGUGAUUCAGGAAGAGAUUGUUAACGACUCCGACAUACUGCCCCUAUUCGGAGACAAAGCGAUGGGUCUUGUCAAGCCAUCCGAUUAAUAGUUAAGCAUUUAGCGUAGAUUUUGUAUUAAGGCAAACCGUGAGUGUGGCUUGGUGCAGCGACGAAACUGAAGCACUCGCCAGAGUACGAAUACGAUAACGAACGCACCAAGUGUACGCAUCUUAGAGCUAGCAACUGGAGAAGCUAUUUCCGACAAAUCAAAAGCUAUAUCUGAUAUCUGCUCGGGCGACCGACCGGCUUUUGUAAGCAUCACAAACUACUCUCUGCGGGGGCAAUGUAUUUUUCUGUACAACAAAAACUGAUCUGAAUUUGUAACCCCCCAACGAAAUUUCGGGCCACUGUCCUCUUUGCGUUGACUCCUUGUGGAGGCCGUUCGUUUGCGAGUCCGAAAAGCGUUUUGGCCCCGCAGCCAGGGGCUGGGAUUAGGAUUAGGACCUGCACAAAAUCGGUUCAUUAGGAAGAUUUAUGGGUUUACCACGAUUGGGAUUUGUUUGUUACUUUUACUAACUACGGACUGCCUGCAAUAAAUUUUGUUAAUAUUUUUGUAAUGUGCAUUUUAUGAUGAUAUGAUGAUAUUAACAAAGUUCUAUUCAACUCGACAAAAAUCAAAAGAUAAUCUGUUUUAUUUUUGUAUAAUCUAUAACACAGCAUACACACACUUAACAUUUAUGUAUUUAUACAAUGUAUUGUAAUUGCGUCAAUUGCAUCUACCGAUCUACCAUUAAGCACAUUUAGUUUUCGGGUUCGACUCGGUCCAGCAGUGACCAAUAUCGGGACGUAGAUCUGCACUCCAGAGUCUGGGGGCAUGUAUUGGAGGCUCUUGGCCGAAACGGACGAUAUCGAUCGAUUGAUUUAUUUAAAUAAGUUAAUGCAUACACAUACUAUACAUAUUUUUUUAAGAAAACUGAAAUAACCGCAGAAAUAUGCAAGUAACGGAUAAAUUUAUUAUAUCAAACAUAUUUUAUUUGUGAGCAAAAUGCAUAUAGAUUUAAUAAAAAAAAGUACAUGGAUAGAACGUAA